CGCGGCUUGUCAAAACGCAGCCUUGAACACGCUGAGUGGCGGCAGAGGAGGAGAAGAGGGGGAAGCGUCGGAGACACGGCAGCCUCAUAACCGGAUAAUUUUCUUCUCAUUUAUCCCUCUCUCUUUUGGCUGGAAUAACUUGUCUUGUCAAGAGCCUGCCGCUCUCGCCCAAGAAGCGGCACGGAAACGUUAUAUAAGAGGAGAAACGGACAGAGAUGAGACCGUGCGUUUACAGCAUAGCGGCACAAUAACCGCAUGUGCUGCCCUGGGCUUGGCUCUGGAAAGGCGACAGAAACCCUCAGACCUCCGGCUGAAUUCGUUGACGCAUGUGUGCCCCAUCACGCUUUAGGUUAAUUUAUUCAAGUAGCGAGCUAGCUUGCGAGCUGCUGCCAAUGCUUGUCCAUUCACUAUUGUGUGCGUUUGAUUUAACUUAGCUAGGCGGCUAACCAGGACGCGCUGCUGCCGCUGAUGAGCCCGUGUGCGUAGCGGAAUGAUGAUCAGAGUAAACCUCCACCAGACAGGCGCUAGUGGCUCACAUUAAUUGUCAAAACCCCAUUUAGAAAUUGGUUUGCAUGAUUAGCAAAUCCAGCCACAAAGCCGGUGUGUCUGGUCAGAGCUGGUGGGCCCUGCUAUCCUUUACAAAAUUAUCCUUAACGCGAAGAAUGGGCCCAUGUCUUAAUUUGGAAAACAAAGAAUUAGGCUACUGAAGAGAGUAAGCGGGUUAGAUAAGCUUGUUUUAGCGUUUUUAGGUGAGCUAGCAAGCUGGUCGACGGAUUAGUCAAACCGUCUGGACUGUACUGCGCCCUGGACUCGCUCUGUCCCUCAAUUGGAGUAAUUUUUUCCUCCCGGUUUUUACGUUUUUGUUGCUUCUGCGUCGCAUCACAAUGAGCAGUCAUACCGGGUCUGUGGAAGUGGAGCCCAUGCCAGGAUACUUGGACCUGAUCACCAGAUCCUCCUCAGUCAUGGUGGGCGCAUGGAGAGACUGUAGCACUUGCGGUCUGGAGCUCUCCAAACGGACUCUGCUGGAUAACGCUUACAUUACCUGGACCGAAAUCGCCCUGUUCUUUUUUUGCGCCUUCUUGUGGACGCAGAUCAGGCGGGGACUGACAGAAAGUCUGUUCAAGCCUCUAGCACGGUGGUGCAGGCUGCUGCCCAAAGAUGCUGCCAAGAUGCCGGAGAGCGCGUGGAAGCUGGUCUUCUACACCAUGUCAUGGUCCUACAGCACCUACCUGCUCUUCUUCAGCUCCUACUCCUUUUUCCAUGACCCGCCCUCUGUCUUCUACAACUGGAAGAGCGGUAUGUCAGUGCCUAUAGAUAUCGCCAUCGCCUACCUGAUCCAGGGCAGCUUCUACGGCCACUCCAUCUAUGCUACAGUCUACAUGGACGCAUGGAGGAAGGACUCUGCUGUCAUGGUGGUGCACCAUAUCAUCACACUGGCACUCAUUAGCUUCUCUUACGCCUUCAGAUACCACAACGUAGGGAUCCUGGUGUUGUUCCUCCACGACAUCAAUGACAUCCAGCUGGAGUUUACUAAGCUCAACGUUUACCUGAAGUCCAGGGGUGGAGGCUAUCACCUGCUCAAUGACAUUCUGUCCAACAUGGGCUCUGUCAGCUUCAGCAUCACUUGGUUCUGGUUCCGUCUCUACUGGUUCCCUCUCAAAGUGCUGUAUGCCACAUGUGUGUCCAGCCUCCAAUCUGUGCCCAACAUCCCCUUCUACUUCUUCUUCAACGCUCUUCUCUUUGCCCUUCUGCUCAUGAACAUCUACUGGUUCUUGUUCAUUGUUAUUUUUGUAGUGAAGGUGCUAAAAAUGAAGGAGGUGAAUGACGUCAGGGAGUACGAGGACGAGGACAGCAGCAAGGCAGGCCUGCAUAAAGACCCUCAGGCAGCAAACAGCGAUGAUGAUGCUGGACAUCACAACUCCGCCCAGGGGAAGCACGUGCAGAACGGGGUCACCAAAGAGAAGCAUCUAUAAUGCGCAUCUCUGUCGCCACCACCUGGCACUAGGCUACAAGUACAAGCAAGACAAGGCGCCCUCCUGGGAUGGCUCACGCUCAAAACGUGGCUUUGAAGGGAAGAGCGUCACAAAAAGAGAAAAUGAAGGAAAAUCCCAAGUUAGGGGCGCGAUGAGUUUUUAUUCUUUUUAUUUGUUUUAGAACAUUUCAUCACUGUCGUUUUGUUUUCAGUGUUGUUUUUAUUAGAGCACUGUGAAUGUUAUUUCAGGUGACUUUUUGUCUUAUUGUUGCUAACUUUACAUUUGAUAGAUUCAGUAGAAGCAAACCAGUUUGAGUGAGACUUGGACUGUGAUUGUCACGUACAGUAGUACAGGGUGUCAUAUUCAUCACUAGCAACCUCAACAGCGCUCCAGCACCCAGACAAGGAAAAGGUUCAGGCCUGUUGUGGGUCUGUAGACAUUUAGACUUCCAGUAACCUGGUAAACAAGCAAUGUGAUAUUUCUGUAGGGGUGAGCUCUGUUUGCCAUCAGUUAAAUAUAACAAAUUAUUUCCGUCCUCUUCCCCCAUCUUCAAACUCCGUCCAUCAAGACAUGAGGAGAGGGAGCUAAAAAAAAAAAAAAAAAAACAGUCACAGGAAAACUUUACAUUGUUCUGAGUACUGUUCUUUAUGGCUGCAGCGAU